AUGUCGUCAAUGCGAGGCUUGGUCCAAUUCAUCGCGGAUCUGCGCAAUGCACGAGCGCGCGAACUCGAGGAGAAGCGGGUGAACAAGGAACUCGCCAACAUCCGGCAGAAGUUCAAGGCCGGGAAUCUCAACGGCUACCAAAAGAAGAAAUAUGUCUGCAAGCUGCUCUACAUGUAUAUCCAGGGGUAUGAGGUGGACUUUGGCCACCUGGAGGCCGUCAACCUGGUCUCCUCGACCAAGUACUCCGAGAAGCAGAUUGGGUAUCUGGCCGUAACGCUGUUUCUGCACGAGCAGCAUGAGCUGCUGCAUUUGGUUGUGAACAGUAUCCGGAAGGAUCUGCUGGAUCACAAUGAGUUAAAUAACUGUUUGGCGUUGCAUGCCGUUGCCAACGUCGGUGGACGGGAAAUGGGCGAGGCGUUGAGUAUGGAUGUUCAUCGGUUGCUGAUUUCCCCCACGUCGAAAGCCUUUGUGAAGAAAAAGGCCGCCUUGACUCUCCUCCGAUUGUACCGGAAACACCCUGGCAUCGUACAGAAUGAAUGGGCAGAGCGGAUGAUUUCCUUGAUGGAUGACCCGGAUAUGGGUGUCACUCUUUCCGUCACUUCUCUCAUCAUGGCCUUGGCUCAAGACAGACCGGAUGAAUACAAAGGAAGCUAUAUCAAAGCCGCGCAACGGCUGAAACGAAUUGUCGUUGACAAUGAAGUCGCGCCUGAUUACCUCUACUACCGCGUUCCAUGCCCUUGGAUCCAGGUCAAAAUGCUGCGCUUACUCCAAUACUACCCGCCCUCUGAGGACAGUCAUGUUCGGGAGAUUAUCCGAGCGUCCUUGCAGCAGAUCAUGACUACAGCCAUGGACACGGCCAAGAAUGUGCAACAGAAUAAUGCUCAGAAUGCGAUCUUGUUCGAAGCCAUUAACCUCCUUAUCCACCUCGACACAGAACACAACCUCAUGGUGCAAAUCUCGGCUCGUUUGGGCAAAUACAUUCAAUCCCGAGAGACCAACGUCCGCUAUCUUGGUCUGGAAGCGAUGACGCAUUUCGCAGCUCGGGCAGAGACGCUGGACCCUAUCAAGAAGCAUCAAAAUAUUAUCCUUGGCUCACUUCGAGACCGAGACAUCAGUGUGCGGCGUAAAGGUUUGGACCUGAUCUACAGCAUGUGCGACACCACAAACGCAGCACCGAUUGUGAACGAGCUUUUGCGAUACCUCCAAACCGCAGACUAUGCCAUUCGAGAAGAAAUGGUCCUAAAGGUUGCAAUUUUGACGGAGAAGUAUGCCGCUGAUGCUCAGUGGUACAUCGACAUGACAUUGAAACUGCUGUCUCUGGCGGGUGACCAUGUCAACGAGGAAGUAUGGCAGCGCGUCAUUCAAAUUGUGACCAACAAUGAAGAACUACAGGCAUAUGCUGCGCAUACGUUGCUUGGCUACUUGAAGACCGACUGCCAUGAAAGCUUGGUGAAGAUCGGUUGUUACGUGCUUGGAGAAUUUGGUCAUCUGAUCGCCGACAAUGAAGGCUCUAGUCCCAUUGAACAGUUCAUGGCCCUGCAGGGCAAGAUGGUCACCAGCAACGACAACACACGUGCCAUGAUCUUAUCCUCGUUCGUCAAGUUUGUCAAUCUCUUCCCGGAAAUCAAGCCGCAGCUGUUGCACAUCUUCCGUCUCUAUAGCCAUUCUCCGGAUACUGAAUUGCAGCAGCGCGCAUUCGAGUACUUGACUCUGGCGACGCUUCCCACGGACGAUCUUCUCAGGACGGUGUGCGACGAGAUGCCGCCCUUCUCCGAGCGAGCCUCGAUCCUUCUGUCUCGGCUUCAUCAGAAGACGGCGGGCACCACCGAGAAGAAGACCUGGGUCGUGGGCGGCAAGGACGCCAAUGCGGACAAGAAGGAGGUUCUCAUGGCUCAACAUACCGGGCUCAAGCGCACGUUCACGACCAUCGUCAAUGGCACCAAGACGGGAGCGAACGGUGCUGCGGCAGCAUCCAACGCAUCUGGCGAUCUGGCCGGACUGGACCUCAGCGCGCCACCUGCUGCGGCACCCAACAUGGCAAGUGCAGCGCAUCUUUCGCCAGAUUGGGAGCCUGGGUAUAAUCGGUUGUACUUCUCGGAUGAAGGCGUGCUCUUUGAAGAUGCGCAGAUCCAGGUUGGCUUGCGAUCGGAGUUUCGUGGUCAUAUGGGAGUGGUGAAGAUCUAUAUUAGCAACAAAUCCUCUUACCCAAUUGCGUCCUUGACGACCACGCUGGACAACCCCGCCGCACCGAAUUUGAAGAUCGACAGCAAGAAUCUUCCCGAAACGUCGGUCGCCGCAGCCGGCCAGACACAGCAGACAUUAUUCUUCGGGGCUCACGGGCCAUUCGCCGAUGCGCCCACUAUCCGGAUCUCAUACCUUGCAGGUGCCCUGCAGGCCUAUACCCUGCAGCUCCCGGUCCUUAUGCACCGCUAUAUGGAACCAUCGACCCUCUCGGCCGAGGAAUUCUUCAAGCGAUGGAGGCAGAUUGGUGGGGCGCCGCUGGAGGCGCAGCGCACCUUCGGAGUUACAGGCAAGGUCAAGAAUGUCACUGAGGCGUUCACACGACGGGUGGUGGAAAGUUUCCACUGGAAGAUCCUGGACAACGUGGAUCCCAAUCCACAUAAUAUUGUCGGAUGCGCUGUAUACCAGUUCCAGGGCGGAAAGACGGGCUGUCUUCUUCGACUGGAGCCCAACUACGAGAGAAAGAUGUACCGGGUCACUAUUCGAGCGACGCAAGAAGCCGUGCCACAGGCACUUACCAAGCAGAUGGAGCAGAAACUGGCGCAGGGAGCAACGGAUAUGUACGGUUUGCGAUGA